AUGGCCGACACAUUUGCAGCCAAUUCCGACAUCACACCAGAAAAGCUUACUAUCAUGAAGCUCAAGGCUAGUGGAAUCCGAGAUGUCUUCUCUGAGCCUUCCUCACCUACAGGCAACCGAUCCUUCUCAUUCGGAAACCAUGCCAAUGGUGCAAGUCACAGCUCAUCCUUGUCACGCCGUUCCACUCGGCAGACAAGCUCAUCUUCACGCCGAGCAAGCAGCUUCCUCCAGUCGCAUCGGAGCAAGAUGUCUACAGAGCUCACAUCGCAAGCCGAGGGCAAGUUCUUCGCUUUGAUGGAUCUCAUGUCUACUGCAUCCCGAGAGGCUUCUUCACUAAAGGAGUCAUGGUCUCGUAUCAUGGCUGAGCGGGACAGUCUCGUUCGCGAGAGGGAUGAGCUUCUCAUCACGGUUGAGGAAGUGACUGAGGAGAUUCAGCGCAAGGAAGCUGAGCACUCGCACCACGGCCACGAGCACGGCGAGAGGAAGAGGCAGGUGGAGAAGCUCAUACUUGAGCUCACUGCUGCACUUACUCAAGUGACCGACCACAAGAAGAGGCUCGCCGAUCGGGACCGUGACCUUGAGAGCACCCGUCAUGAGCUACAUGAGCUUCAGAGCUCUGUCACUCUCACCCACGGUGAGCACGAAAGGACCAGGUCUGAGCUAGAAGCUGUCUACUCCAGGUUGAAGAUCUGUGAAGGCGAGCGCGACUCCGCUCGAUUUGACUCGGAAAAGCAUCACAGCGAGCUUAGGACACUUCUCCGUGAGCACACUGAGCUUAAGAGCAAGUACAGCGAGACUACCUCCAAAUUCGAAUCUACUCGCAAGGAGGUUCUCACCCUUACCGAUCGCAUCAAGAUGUUCGAGCUUGAGAGGGAUGAGCAUCUCCAUGAGAAGGAUCGUCUUCACGAGGAGCUGAAGCGUGCAAAGUUUAGAGUUGACGAGACUACUCGCGAGUACACUGAACUGACGGAGCGACACGACCGUGUACAACGCGAGCUCCACAAGCUUAAGGAGGUUGUCCGCGUUAUCGAAACGGAGCGUGAUGAUCAUGCCCUUACCAUCGACGGCCUCCGCCGUGAGGUCAAGGCCAAAAUCCUUGGCUGGGAAGAGUCCGAUGCCCGUGCCAACGAGUUUUCACUCAAGUAUGAACACAUCAAGCGUGAGGUCGUCUCAGUCAAGGAGAAGUUGAGAGACCUUGAGCUCGAGCGCACUGAGCUUCGAGACGCCAUCGACCGCUCUCGUGAAGACCAUCGCCUCAUCGUGAUCGAGCGUGACCAGCUGAAGGAAGACCUUCAUGACCAGCACCGCAAGGUCGAGGACGGUCACCGCCGUAUCAACACCUUGGAGGAAUCCCUCCGUCGCGCCGAGUUGACUAUCACUGAGAUCAGAUCCGAGAUUCACACUCUUACCGAACGCAACAAGGUCCUCUAUCGUGAGGGCGAGGACUCACGCGGCAAACACGGCCACCUCACCGGCGAGAUCAACAGUCUUCAGGAAAAGCUAGUCAUCUUCCAAACCGAGAUCACCAACCUCAAGUACGCUCGCGACCGCGCUCACUCUGACCUCAACGCAUGGAAGCACAAGUACGAGGAGAUCACUGAGACAAUCUCCACCUACGACGACUCUUCCGCCGAAUUCGAGUUCGAGAUCACUUCUCUUCGCACUCUGCUCAAUGAAGCUCGCGAACAAAAGGAACGUGCCAUCUCGGCUCGUCACGCCGCCGACCGUGAACGCGACGAGUACAUGGCCAAAUACGAAGAGAAGUGCCGCGAGAUGGAGCGCUUCGAAGAGUCUGCCAGCAGCGUGUAUCAUGCGAGCAACGGUGGAGCUCGUGGUGGCGCAAAGUCGAUGACCUCUAGGGUAGUGUCGAGUGGAACCACGAUUCACAACCACGGUGCAUCAGGUGGACACAGCCAUGGCCAUGAGCAUAGUGAGGGGAAUUCUAUCUUCUCCCACUAG